GACACACUGGAGGAUGCUUGAGUAACACACCGUGAUCAUGCCAGCCUGUCCACUAUCACAAUGACAUCCAAGUAUGGAUAUGGAUCUUACGGUUUUGGGUUCAGCGUGGCUUAGAUUAGUUGCAUGCGUCUUGUUUCUUCUUCUGCAGUGGACAGAAAGUUUAACACUUCUCCAGACCUCAACGCUCUGCCAGGACAAGCCUUGCCAAAACAGGGCAGAGUGCAGGGAAGCCCCAUCUGACUUCCUGUGCCAGUGUCAGUCGCCUGCGCCAGUCCUGCCCAGCACGCGUUGCGAUUCUUCCAGUGCGUUCUGCCAACUGUCCAUCUGCCAGGGCAAUGCGACAUGUCAACCCACCGGCGCCUACCCAGGGGAACUAGUUUGCCAGUGUGAGUCCGGCUUGUUGGGCCAGGACUGUCAUUCCAGUGCCCAGCUCUGCGCUCAGGGGCUGUGCGGGGACAAUGCCCAAUGUCUGGCGGUGCAAGACAGGAGCCCAGGGUACGCAUGCAUCUGUCAAGAGGGCUACACCGGGAGUUCUUGUGAGAAAAAGGUGGACCAUUGCUCCCCCAACCCCUGUCGCAACCGAGCCAUCUGCCGCAGCAGAAGGGACGGCCCCACCUGCUUCUGUGUGCCGGGAUUCCAGGGUAAACACUGCGAGAUCGAGGUGAAUGAAUGCAUGUCGUGGCCCUGCAGGAACGGAGCCACCUGUCUGGACAAGAUCGGGCACUACAUCUGUCUCUGCAGGCCUGGAUACACGGGUAGCAGCUGUGAGGUUCAGAUUGAUGAGUGUCAAUCACAGCCGUGUCUCCACGGCGGCAGUUGCCAUGACCACAUCAAUGGCUUCUCCUGUACCUGCCUGGCGGGCUUCCAGGGGGAGCUCUGUGAAAUGAACAUCGAUGAAUGCAGUGACCAGCCAUGCCAAAAUGGGGCUCUGUGUGUGGAUGAAAUAAACAGCUACCGCUGUGACUGCUCACAAACUAACUUUACUGGUGUUCACUGUGAGAUCCCACCUCCUCCAUGCUGGUCUCAACCCUGCCUCAACGGCGCCCUCUGUGAGGAUGAAAAUGGGAACUACACCUGCAGUUGCUGGCCAGGGUUCGAGGGUCGUAACUGUGAGACAGACGUCAGUGAGUGUGAUAGCAGUCCUUGUGUGAAUGAAGGUAUUUGCAUUGAGCUCUCCUGGAAGACACUUUAUGGCACAGAGUCCCUGCUUCCUACUCGAUACAACCCCAGGCAUGCUUCGGGCUUCAUCUGCAAGUGUCCACCAGGAUUUUCAGGUGCCUUGUGCGAGCAAAAUACUACUGCUUGUACCACCAACCCGUGUCAUAAUGGAGCCACAUGUGAGGACUUCCUGGGCAGCUACAAGUGCAUCUGCCUGUCUGAAAGCCAUGAUGGAGUCCUCUAUGGUGGCCGCAACUGUAGUGAGCCCCUGCUGGGUUGUGAGGGCCAUGAGUGCCAGAACGGGGCGGCCUGUAUGCCCUUCCUGAGCGAAGGUGUACAUGGCUACAGUUGCAUCUGUCAGCCGGGCUACACCGGCUCUUACUGCCAGACACCCACUGUAUUCUCCUUUGAGACAAUUGGAGGAUUCCUGCACCUGCAGACCCCGCUGCUGGGUGCGGAAACAUACUUUAAUAUCACGCUAAGCUUUCGCACAGUGCUGAAGAACACAGUGCUCUUUCAGAGGGGCAGCGAAGGGGUCACACUCAGCCUGGAGCUGCAGGAGACACACCUGCUUCUUGAUCUUAGGAGUGACCCUCAGCCAAACGCAACCAGCUGGACUCUGACACUGCCUCAGGAUGUAUCUGAUGGCGAAUGGCACACGGUAGAGGCCGUGCUUGGAGAGGGUACCCUGCUACUACAACUACUGGAGCCAUGCCAGGAUGGAGAGAACUGUAGUGCAACAGCCCAAGUGGAGACCGGUGCCCUUGAGCUGGAGUCAGCCCUGCAAAGCACCUUUGUUGGAGGAUCGGAUGAGGGAGGGGGCUAUGGCUCAUUCAUCGGCUGCAUGAGGGACUUGUUUGUGGACUCGCAGUUGAUGGUACCGGAGGACUGGCUGAGCAGCUCAGUGGUAAAUGUCAUGCAAGGCUGCAGCCAUCAUGACCGAUGCCUUUCUGGUCCAUGCGAGAACCAUGGAAAGUGUGUUAACCUUUGGCAAGGUUACCAGUGCUCGUGUCCACGACCGUAUGUGGGUCAAAACUGUGCUGAGGAGUAUGUUACUGCUAGAUUUGGCCAGGAAGACUUCGCAAGCUAUGCUGUCUUCACUGUCACCGACCAACUGGAAUCAGACACGCUCUAUCUGUCCAUGUUCUUGCGUACAAGGAAGGAGUCUGGUCUCUUGGUGCUGCUUGCCAACAGCACCACUGAGUACUUGCAGAUGUGGCUGGAAAAAGGAAAACUUGUGGUGCAAGUCAACAACGUGAAGACUUUAAUGGGUAAAAGUGUGGUUAACGAUGGGGAGAUCCAUUUUGUUGCCAUCACCAUUAAGGAGGGUAUGAUGACUCUGCAGGAGUCAGAUCGUGAAUUCGGAGCAACAGAUGUUCAACCUGUUUCUGUUCAGUUUGAAGAUGUGGUCUAUGUUGGCGGACUGCUUGAUAGACAAAAGACAUCUGCCUUUGGUGGUUAUUUUAAAGGGUGUUUAGUAGACUUGCAGCUCAAUGACAGGAAGCUAGAAUUUUUCCCACUUGAUGCUUCUGGGAUGUCAUACAGACCUGACCGCAUGGUUGAUGUUACCGCAGGCUGCACAAGUGAUGACUCUUGCUCUAAAAGUCCUUGCCAGAAUGGUGGCAUGUGCUUCUCUCUAUGGGAUGACUUCACAUGUAACUGCCCUCCUAACACAACAGGGCAGCACUGUGAGGAGGUGAGAUGGUGCGAACUCAACCCCUGCCCACCAAAAGCAACAUGCCGAACCCUCAACCAAGGCUAUGAAUGCAUUUCUAAUGUGACUUUUCAAGACAAUACCACUCUUGUAUACCAUGGGAAUGGACUGAUCUCCCGCCACCUGACCAGCAUCGUUUUCAGUAUCCGAACACGAAAACGCAAUGUAGCAGUGUUACAUGCAGAGAGCGGGUCUGACUUUGUAACAGUAUCCAUUCAAGAUGGGUUUCUGGUGCUUGAGCUUCUAAGUGGACCUUCUUCCUCAUCAUCUUUGUCACCGGUAACCCUGCACAGCCCAAGACCAGUGGCCGAUGGAGAAUGGCAUGUAGUAGAGCUGUUAAUGGCCAGUCCUUGGGCUAACAGCUCCCAGUGGAUUAUGGUCCCUCUUGACGAAAAUGACGAGCAUACUAUAUCUGACUCCAUGACUGGAAAUCUAGACUUCCUCAGAGAAGGCGUCGAUAUCCUUCUAGGAGGACUUGGCUCAAAGUCUGGCUGGAAUCUGAUUGGCUGUCUGAGUAAUGUUGAGAUUGGUGGUAUUGUGCUUUCAUAUUAUGGUCCUGCUGAGGUGAGAUUCCCACGUAUACAAAAAGAGAAGUUCAAUAAGAUAUCAGAGGAACCUGUCCAAACUGGCUGUGUUGGUGAGGCGGUGUGUGAACCCAACCCCUGCCAGCAUGGGGGAAUCUGUGAUGAUCGCUUCAACCUUUUCCAAUGCUUCUGUCUACCUGGCUGGGGUGGUGAUCGCUGUGAGCUGAAUACCAACACCUGCGCCUCCAACCCCUGUCAACACGGAUACUGUACUGUGCAGGACCUUUCAUACAGCUGCACAUGUGAGAGUGGCUACACUGGCACCAACUGUGAGGUGAAAGUGAACGUGUGUGCCAGUCACAAGUGUGCUAAUGGUGGGACCUGCUUGCAUGGCUUCAACAGCUACUCCUGCCUCUGUCCUGACAGAUUUACUGGGCCAUAUUGCAACACUCGGAUUGAAGAGGCUCCGUGGUACGUAGUUGUCAGGAGCGUACCGCCCAAGCUCCCGGUGUCCAUCUGUGGUGAUGAACAGCAGAACUACACAUGUUUCAAUGGGGGGAACUGUUCUGACACCAACAUGAUGUGUGACUGCCUCCCUGGGUUUUCGGGUCACUGGUGCGAACUAGAUCUUGAUGAAUGUAGAUCCAACCCUUGCCUGAAUGGCGGCUAUUGCCAGAACAUGGUCAACAAGUUCCAGUGUGUCUGCGAAAUUACCUUCGCUGGCGAGACCUGUGAAGUCGACCUGAAUGCAGAGACCGUGUCGUCUGACUUGUUGCUGUCUAUCAGCCUGGUGUCCGUGUUUCUAUUGUUGGGUCUUUUCGGCGUGGCCACAGGUUUGGUCAUCACACUGAACCGACGGGCCACACGAGGCACUUACAGCCCCAGUCGACAGGAGAAGGAAGGUUCAAGAGUGGAGAUGUGGAACAUCGUUCAGCCUCCACCAAUGGAGAGACUCAUCUGAGCCAAUCAACCAACAGCCAGUCACGUUGGUUUUACAAGACGAAGGAAAAAGACCUUUUUAUUCAUUAAUCACGUGGCAGCUAUCAUCAGCUAGGCAACAGUCUUAUUAACGAUCAUUUUGGUUGGACAAUCUUCCUCAUAAUGGAUGUUUAAUUUAUGUAAUAUAAUGUGAUAAACACCUCCGAAAAGCUUUAGGAUUCAUCGAUUUGUGAAUUGUGAAGCGUUUUAAUAGUAGGCGCAUCAGUGCUGCUCAACAAUCACGGCUAAUUAUGCUGCCUCACGUGCAAUCGGGAUUAUCGUAAAUUGUUUCCUAAUCGAAAAUUGGAUAUGAAUGAACUACAUUACCAUUGUCUUGUCGUUAAAGUAGUGCCUAUUUAUAUAUGAACAAUCAUUUGAAGCAUAAAUGUUUUAUAAACAGUGCAAUAUCCCUGCAUUUGGCCGAAAAUUUCCAGAAUCGUCAGCAAGCUGACUAUCUAGUGCGGUGAAUGUGUAUGUUAUCACCCAAUGGAAUAUUACAUUUCAUUUUUUUUCUCACAACAAAGCACUUGAAUGCGGUGAGCUCGUAAUCAUGGCUUUAUACACCAGAAAUAGGAAAUUUCCGAUAGCACGUGAAGGCAACAUUACAACAUAUUUAAUAAGACUUCAGACAGUGAUUUCAGGGUGGGCGGAGCUUAUCACGACGACUUGAGACGUUCAAGAAACGGUGUUGUGCCCAUUUUCGACUCCCUGCCAAGUUAUUACCCCCUCUCAUUGAAACUGCUACCUGAUUGCCUAAUCCUAACCCCACCCCUAAUCCUGUCCCCUCCUUCUCACCUAAUCCUAAACCUACCAAUACUAGGGGGGUGUAAUCUGGCAGGGGUCGGAAUUCGGCACAACAAUGGAAUAGUUUUUGCAUGGCACCUGGUCAGGACUUAAAGUUCUCAUAUUUAUGUGUUCAUGCUGCCAUUGAGCUAUAAAAGUAACAUUUGCAGGAGAAAAAAAACAAACAAAAAAACAAAAACAAACGCACACUACGAGAUAGUAUUUCCAAUUUCUGUAUUUAGUUUUUCUGUGGGUAUGCGUAAGGUUCUCGUAAGCGUGUCUCAGGACUGUUUUUUCUUCAAAUGUUGUCAUUUUAGCUCUGUAAUAAAGACUUCAAGCGUUAGUUCACGUCGAGAAUGAAAAUUUCCUGAUAAUUUAUUUGCCUCCAUGUCAUCCAAGAUGUUCAUGUCUUUCUUCAGUCGCAAAGAAAUGAAGGUUUUUGAGGAAAACAUUCCAGGAUUUUUCUCCUUAUAGUGGACUUCAGUAGUGACCAACGGGUUGAAGGUCCAAAUUGCAGUUUCAAAGGGAUCUACAUGAUCGCAGAUGAGGAACAAGGGUCUUAUUUAACGAAACGAUCUGUCAUUUUCUUAAAAAAAUAAAAAUGCAUAUACUAGCCCUGCGAUGCGAGUUUGAGUCUUCACGCAUUGCGGAAUCAUGUUGGAAAAGUCCUUUCCAAGUUCUUCAUCUGUGUAUUUUGGUUCAAAAAGGUAGGGUAGGGCAAAAAAAUGUUCAAAAAAACAAAAAACUAAUUUUCUUCUCAAAACUUAAAAAUUGUCCGUUUUUUUGUAAAAGGAUUUUGACUUUCUUUGCACGUUUGCUUUGUAAACAUUUUUAUUACUCUUGGAAAAUGACUUUGUUUUGCUAAGACUCUUAUUCCUCAGCUGGGAACGUGUAGAGCCCUUUGAGGCUGCACUGAAACUGCAAUUUGUUCCUUCAACCGGUUGUUCCCCAUUGAAGUCCACUAUAUGGAGAAAAAUCCUGGAAUAUUUUCCUUAAAAACCUUACAUUUUCAUUCUGGAAGUGAACUUCUCCUUUACAUUUGUCGAGUACAUUAUGAUCAACAUCAACUUUUAAUGAACUGAUAGCAUAGAAACACAAAAAUGGAUUUGUUAUAAUUUGAUGCUGUUGUUCUGUAAAGAAAAUUGUGUAAAUGAUUUGUGUCGAUAUUAAAAACAAUAGUUUAACUGA